CUCUGGAAAUCCCUGCUCACAGGCACGUAGCACUCACACACAAUCACAAGCACUGACUGCGGUCAGACCUCCUCAGCAUCUGUGCCACGUUUCUCCUCUGAUUCCCCUCCUCUCUCUUCUCUUUUCUCUCCUCCACCUCCUUUUCCUCCUCCUCCUUUCACUUUCUCUAGCUGUUCAACGCUCCUUCCACUGCAGCUCUGACUCACUCAUCUGUUCCUUUCCCAUCAACGCCGAGCUGAACUGCACGACCUGGAAACAUGUCCUCCAACCUGCCACCUGGGACCACUACAGGGGCUGCCAAAAGCAAGCCCCUGUCCCCCUUCAGGAAGCGAGGCAGCCUGCAGUAUGCAACCAGCACAGCUUUACUAGCUGACCUCCGUGGUAAACGCCAUCUCCUCACCUCCCAGCACUCCCUCCCUGGGAUCCCAGUGGCACUGAAACAGUCCAUCGACCUGCGUACAUCUAUGGAUGGGAAAUACAAGGAGAUUGCAGAGGAGUUAUUCUCUCGCAGCCUGGCUGAGAGUGAGAUGCGUAGCGCCCCCUAUGAGUUCCCAGAGGACAGCCCCAUCGAACAGCUGGAGGAGAGACGUCAGCGCCUCGAACGACAGAUCAGCCAGGAUGUCAAGUUUGAACCCGACAUCCUCCUGCGAGCCAAGCAGGAGUUCAUGAAGACCGACAGUGCCACAGAUCUGGAAUACAUGAAGGAGCAGAGUCAAGUUCCUGACCUGCAAGAGAGAGAACUGAUUCCAGAGAGAGAGUACCAGAGAGUCACUAUUUCUGGAGAGGAGAAAUGUGGGGUUCCCUUCACAGAUCUGCUGGAUGCUGCCAAAUGCGUGGUGAAGGCUUUGUUCAUCAGACAGAAGUACAUGGGUCUGUCGCUGCAGAGCUUCUACAGGACCACCGCUCGCUACCUCCAGGAGCUCAGUGAGAGACCCCUGGACCUGGAUGUGUAUGAGGAGGAGAUCCCCGAGACCACAGUCACUGCAGAUGCCACAGUGCACCCACCUGUUUCUGAAACGCACCCCUACGAGAACCAGGACCCCGCCAGCAUGCCCCCCGACAUGGGGUACGGGUGCAAAAUGGUGAACGGUGUCAUGCAUGUUUACACUACGAGGAGCACAAUGGACAAGAGCACAGAGUUGGACCUACCAUAUCCAGAUCUACAGGAGUACAUCGCUGAUAUGAACGUCAUGAUGGCGCUCAUUAUCAAUGGACCAGUAAAGUCCUUCUGCUACCGUCGUCUGCAGUACCUCAGCUCCAAGUUCCAGAUGCACAUCCUGCUGAAUGAGAUGAAAGAGCUCGCAGCACAGAAAAAAGUCCCACAUCGAGACUUCUACAAUAUCCGUAAGGUCGACACACACAUCCACGCGUCUUCCUGCAUGAAUCAAAAACACCUGCUGCGUUUUAUCAAAAGGGCCAUGAAGAAGUAUCCAGCAGAGAUCGUCCAUGUGGAAAGAGGGAAAGGUCAGACACUCAUGGAGGUGUUUGAGAGCAUGAACCUCACAGCCUUUGACCUGAGUGUGGAUACUCUGGACAUGCACGCAGACCGAAACACUUUCCAUCGUUUUGACAAGUUCAACGCCAAAUACAAUCCCAUUGGCGAGUCCAUUCUGAGGGAGAUCUUCAUCAAAACAGACAACCACAUCGAGGGGAAAUACUUUGGCCACAUUAUUAAGGAGGUGAUGGCAGAUCUGGAAGAGAGCAAGUACCAGAACGUAGAGCUCAGGCUGUCGAUCUACGGCCGAUCCAGAAAUGAGUGGGACAAACUGGCAAAGUGGGCCGUCAAACAUCAGGUCUACUCUAAUAACGUGCGCUGGCUUGUGCAAGUACCACGACUCUUUGAUGUUUACCACACAAAGAAACAGCUGUCCAACUUCCAGGAGAUGCUGGAGAACAUCUUCAUGCCUCUGUUUGAAGUGACAGUAAACCCCAGCAGCCAUCCAGAGCUGCACCUUUUCCUACAACACGUCGUAGGUUUUGACAGUGUAGAUGAUGAGUCGAAACCAGAGCAGCACAUCUUCAACCUGGACAGUCCACUGCCAGUCAACUGGACAGAGGAGGACAACCCACCCUAUUCCUACUACCUCUACUAUAUGUAUGCAAACAUGACUGUGCUGAAUCACCUGCGCAGGCAGCGGGGAUUUCACACACUUGUACUUCGGCCUCAUUGUGGAGAGGCAGGACCCAUCCAUCACCUGGUGUCUGGUUUCAUGCUGUCAGAGAAUAUCUCUCAUGGUCUGCUGCUCAGAAAGGCUCCUGUGCUGCAGUAUCUGUACUACUUGGCCCAGAUAGGCAUUGCCAUGUCCCCCCUCAGCAAUAACAGCCUGUUCCUCAGCUACCAUCGCAACCCUCUGCCAGAGUAUCUGUCCAGAGGCCUCAUGGUCUCUCUGUCCACAGACGAUCCACUGCAGUUUCACUUCACCAAGGAGCCCUUGAUGGAGGAAUACAGCAUCGCAGCUCAAGUAUGGAAACUGAGCUCAUGCGACAUGUGUGAGCUGGCAAGAAACAGCGUACUGAUGAGUGGCUUUUCCCAUCAGGUAAAGAGUUACUGGCUCGGCCCGAACUACAUCAAAGAGGGACAAGAGAGUAACGACAUCAGGCGCACUAAUGUUCCAGACAUCCGUGUGGCGUACCGUUACGAAACCAUGUGUGAGGAGCUGAAUUUAAUCACACAGGCUAUCCGCACAGACGAGCUGGAGACCAUCGAGGAAGAGGGCAGUCUGUGCAUGGGGGCUGUGCAGGCGGAGAAGUGAAGCCGCUGCACAGGAAUUAACCUUCUACAUUCCCUGUUUACACUCUGCAACUCUGUACAGAUUUACAUAUCAACAUAUCACCCCUGUGGAAAGAAAGAAACUUUUUUACAAAGAGACUACCAGAGAAUAUGAGAGAGGACCUACAAUGUGUAAACCCCAUGUGUUUAUUUUAAAGUUAUUCUAUAUUUUUCACAUCUUCUGAUCUAUUUAUUUCCACGGCCUCCUGCUGUCAGCGUGUGUGUACCGUCUGUGUUUCCUGUAGCAACCUUUGAAUAACACAGUAUUUACAUGAAAAAUUCAACAGAUGUAUUAAUGAUUGAUGAGGUAAUAAACUCAGACACUGAAUAUAUCAAUGACAAACUAAAGUCAAUUUUUCAGGUACAUUUUGUCAAUAACUGCUGAGGACACUGAGGUCUGUCCAAUAUGUUUACAUUAUCAGGUAAAAAUGUGAUCAUGGAGUAGAUUCCUGUUCAGGAUGAUUCCUUUAUUAAAUGUUAAUUUCUUUAUUGACAACAAAUAUAAGAAAAUAAGGAAAUGAGCACGGAGCAUGAUUAUCAAACAUCAUUUAAACCUUUAAAGAAAGGAAAACAGUAAUUCAUCUCGUACUUAUUUAACCUUUAUUUAAUCUCAAGACAUACUGAGAGAGACGCAUCCACACAAUGUAGCAGGGAACUACGAGAAAAAGGUGCUAAAACAAUAAAAAGGAAAGAAUAAAACCUAAAGACUAAGUGAAGGGAUUACAGCAAGAAGCUUGUGUGAGACAGAUAAAAAAAACAAGAGGACACAGCAAAUAAACAAUGAAAAAUAUUAAGAAUAAUUAAAGCACAACAAAUAUAUCAGUUAUGGCAAGAAAAUAAAAUAUUUAAAUGGCCCUGGAUGCAAAAAUGAAACAUUCUUAAGCUUUCUUUUUAGUUUGUGGGUACUCGACUAAAAUGUCCUUAGGCAUUUCACAUGAAAGACUUCUGUAAACUGGUAUUUCUCUCUGGAAAACUGAAGAUCGUAGUGAAGUUUCUGAUUUUUUCAAAGCCGGAUUCCUUGUAGUAUUGGGAUAUAAAUGACACAUUUCAGCAGAAACGGUCAGUUUUGAGAAAAGUAGGAGGAUCCAAUUUAUGACCUCAGUGUUUCAACGACCCGGAUUAUUCACAGCUACAAGCUAAAACGACUAAAAAUGACAGAUUAAAAACACUGCACUUUUACUGUCUGUACUGUUGACAUUUUUACUGUGAUGACCCACAGGACAUACCUCAUAAACCUGCUGUCUCCUUUACAUCUUCUCUGUUCCUGGUGCAUCUUCUCUGUGAUGCGUUUAACUACUCAUUUCCCCCUGCUGCUCCUUGUGAAACUCCUGCUGAUGUUUUUGACAGUAUUCACAGUGAAUCUGUAGGGUUGCAUGAAGGCAUGUCACUGUUUUCCUCUGGUGUGCAGUAAUGCUACAAACACGUAGCAUCUGAUUAUGCUUACUCUUCAUUUGUGACAGUUUCCUCUAGCAGUCUAAGCUUUAACACUGAUUUACCACCUUUACAAACAAACUGUGUCUUGGUAUCAGUGCAGUGAAUGAUGCAUGAAUUCCUUCACCGUUUUUCUUCAACCAGUGCCAAAUACAUGAAUAAGCAAAUCUGUGAAGAACUGACAGUUGACUUUUUAACUCAUGUCUUUGACUUGAGUUUUCAAUGGGGCUACAUGUUGUCCUCCCAGACAAAUCUAUGUGAUGUUUGUGAAAUAUUAUUUAAUGACAUUUGUGUCUGAGAAAUAAAUGUUGUUCUCACUA